AUGGGAUGGUUUAGUGGCCACUACAAUUUACGAAAUAAAUUAAUUGUUAUUUCUGGAGGUUCUCAAGGCUUAGGAGCUUCAAUUGCACGUCUUUGUGUCGAGCGAGGUGCAAAUGUCUAUAUUGUCGCACGGACGGAAUGGAAACUUCAGAAAGUUGUCAAGUCUCUUAAAGAAUCUAUAUUGGAUCCAGAUCAAAUUGUUGGAUAUGUUGCAGCAGAUUUGUCAAAACAAGCUGAGUGUGCUCGCGUGUAUGAGACGAUCGGCCAAGUCCCCGAUAUUGUUAUGUGUGUUGCAGGCCUUUCUCUUCCCGGACUACUGCUAGAAGUACCAUCAGAAUCUUUUGAAACCAGUAUUGAUUGCAUCUACAAGAGUUCUCUUUAUUUUUCAGUCGAAGCACUUCGAGUUAUUUCAAAAGCACCAAAAAGUGCAGAGCCUCGUCACAUUACGUUAUUUUCUUCUGUAGUCGCGUUUUUAGGUUUCAUCGGCUACGGCUCAUAUUCUCCUCUAAAGCAGGCUGUUAGAGGACUUGCAGAUGUUCUACGACAAGAAGCCAUCCCUUUUAACGUCAAAGUGGAGUGCGUGUUCCCUGGAAAUAUCGACACUGAAGGGUUCGAAAAUGAAGAAAAAACAAAGCCAGAAAUUACUAAGCAAAUAGAGGGCCCAUCAGAUGUUAUGAAUCCAGAUAAAUGUGCAGAGCUCAUUCUAUCUCGCUUAGACUCUGGCCAACAAAUGGUUCAUACAGAUGCUAUUGGAUGGAUUUUGAACGGGCUCAUGCUGGGCUCAAGUCCCCGCACGCAUGGCGUAUUUCUAACACUUACAGGAUUUAUCUUAUCACUUGUAGUUCCUAUUUGGAAUUUGAUUGUCAAUAAUCAGAUUAAGACAUACUUUAAAAAGAGAGAGGAACUGGCGGCUUCAAUCAACAACAAUGAAGUAGAAGAUGAUGAACAAGUAGAAAAUGAUGAAGAAUUAGAAGAUGAUCAAGGAUUAGAAGAUGAAUCAUCGUCUAGCCAAUUGCUCAACUAA